AUCUUCAUUGCCAAGCUGGUUGAUCAGCAUUUCAAGUGUUUUGUCUGUCUGCUAGGACUUGUUAAUUUGGUCUUUUUCCUUUUCUUGUUUGUCUUAAUUAAGUAUGCAAGAUGCUGCUAGUUGCAACAUUCAUUUGGCUUAUGUCCUAUUGCUGUACAUGAUAAUUGUGUUUUUAGUGGCAAAGUUACUUAAAAAUCCAUGAGUUUUGACCUUGUUUAACUUUUAGUCACAUCUUUUAGUUUUAACAGAAUAAGCCAUAACUUGUAGCAUUACAAUUGUGGCAAGAGAUGAUUUAGAUAGUAAUAUUCCUUCCAAUUUGGGAAAUUUUGAACUUAGUUUUACCUUAAAUCUGAUAGAAGCUUUUUGUUUAUUUUCCCCUACGUGUUGUACUAGGGUUUCAUCCAAUGCAUAUCACUUGUUGGAAUAGUGUAAUUUCAAUAACUCAAUAGUCAUUAAGGAUUUUCAGUCCAUUUUUUUGACUUAAAAGUAAUAUAUACAAAUAGAUAAAUGCUAACAGGAUCAAAUAAAUACUAGGACAUAUGUAAAGAAUACAAAUAUCACUUCAUUGACAGACGGAGAUGAAUUCUGGAGGUAUUAGUUUUCAGUACUAAUCAAGUUUAUGGCUCAUUCUAUUGGAAUUGAAAGGUUCCGCCAAAAGUGAGUUAAAGAUAGAAGGUUCAUUUAAGUUUAGGUUCUCCUUCAAUUGCUAGACUCCAGGAAAUCAAGGUGAUUUGGUUGCCACAUCUAGCAAGAGUUUGAAACAUUUGAUGACCCGAUUUGUUCUCCUCCAACUGCUAGACUCCAGGAUAUCAAGGUGAUUUUGUAGCCACAUUAAGCAAGAGUUUGAAACAUCUGAUAUAUCGUUGAAAACCAGACAGUUUGAUCAUUGUUUUUGUUGUGAGGAAGUAAGAAACCCAAUCCUUACUCCAAAAUUCUAUCCCUAACAUCAAACAAUUCUCCCUUUCAUGAGAUGAAGAAUACGCCUCAGUUUAUGGACAAGCAGAUAUUGGAUUUGACCUCUUCUUCCACUGCACAUCAAUCACAAUUGUCAUCUUCCCCCAAGCAAACCACCACCACAACCACAACCACAAGAGACUUUAUUGAUCUAAUGAAUCCUCCCCAGGACAAUAAUCAAGACCAUCACCAACACCAAAGUCAUUAUAAUUCCAAUGGUAGUUCCAUUAUUGGAAGUGCUGGUGAUAAUGAGAUUAAGAAGGAGGAGAUCAUUCCCAGUUAUGAUUUUCAGCCAAUUCGUUCUAUUGCAUCAAGUCUUAAUUCUUCCAUUGCCGGUCUCGGGGCUCCAACUACUGCCUCUAAGAAUUAUGGUUCUUUGGACUCUAUUGAACCUGCAAGAGCCAUUGUUGAGAAGGAUCAAAAUGCUUCUCAUGUAGCAAUAUUGUCUGAGGUUGAUGAAACAAUGAAGAGACAUGCGGAAAAUUUGGUGCAUAUUCUGGAAGGUGUCAGUGCACAACUGAUACAACUGGAGACCAGAACCCGCCACCUUGAGAAUUCUGUGGAUGAUUUGAAGCUGUCUGUUGGAAACAAUCAUGGAAGCACAGAUGGGAAAAUGAGACACCUGGAAAACAUUUUGAGAGAGGUGCAAAGUGGGGUAUAUCUUUUAAAGGAGAAGCAGGAAGUAGUCGAGGCUCAGCUACAAAUUGCGAAGCUGCAGGUGUCCAAGGGAGACCAGCAACAAUCGGAAAUCCAAAACUCUGUGCACAUGGACACUGUUCAGCAAGCAGCAUCUGCCCCUCCACAAUCUCACCAGCAGCUGCAGCAAGUAGCAUCUGCCCCUCCACAGUCUCACCAGCAUCUGCAACAAGCAGCAUCUGCACCUCCACAAUCUCACCAACAGCUUCCUCCCGUCUCUUUUCCACAAUCCAUUCCUCCAGUUCCUCCUGCUGCUGUCCCUCCAGUACCUAUUUCCCAGCAGAACUUGCCACCUCCAACUCCACUUCCAAACCAAUUAUCACAGUCUCAAAUCCCCCCUGUCCAUCAGAGAGAGCCUUACUAUUCACCUCCUGGUCAAAUGCAAGAACCUCCAAAUCCACAAUUCCAGGCAUCUCCAUCGCAGCAGCAGCCACAUCUAUCUCUUACAGCACCACCACACCAAUCUUAUCAACUUGCCUCUCAAGCACAAUACCAUCAGCCCCCCAACUUGCCUCAACCAGAAGCUCAACGUUCAGUUUCAAUAGGUCACCAUGCUGAAGAGGUACCUUAUGUUCCUUCUCAGAGUUACCCACCAAGCUUACGGCAGUCAUCCUCCCAUCCAGCUAGUGGGGCUCCUUCUUCCCCCCAGUUUUAUGGGGCUUCUCAUAUAUUUGAACUGCCAUCCACUAGACCAAAUUCAGGGUUUUCAGCGGGAUAUGGCCCAUCUUCUGGGCCUACUGAACCAUAUGCUUAUGGCAAAAUACCUUCUCAAUAUGGUAGCAACCCUCCAAUGAAACCACAACAGCUCUCUUCUCUUGCUGUGUCUCACAGUGGUGGAAGUGGGUACCCUCAGCUUCCCACUGCUCGGAUAUUACCACAAGCGUUACCUACUGCUUCCGGGGUUAGCGGUGGCUCUGGAUCUUCUGGGACUGGAAACAGGGUUCCCAUUGAUGAUGUGGUUGACAAAGUGACUAGCAUGGGAUUUCCAAGGGAACAUGUUCGAGCAACUGUUAGGAAGUUGACAGAGAAUGGUCAAUCAGUUGAUCUGAACGUAGUGUUGGAUAAGCUUAUGAAUGAUGGAGACGUCCAGCCCCAAAGAAGUUGGUUUGGUCGGUAAUCUAUUCUUACCAUUCCCACUGGUGAAUAGAAUUAUCACCCUUUCUGGAUUGAGUUUGCGGGGAGAGACAAUUUGCGGGUAGAGAAUGGGUUAUUGUCCCUGGACAUAAUGUUUCUUCAUUUAUCAUUAUUUCUUUUUCUUGUUUACUGGCUGUGUUAAAAUCUUAUUCAUACUGUCUUGUCGAGCUCUGCUUUUAUGACCAUCCAUCUUUCUCCGGCUUGUGACUUGUGAAUACACAAUAAUUUGAAGAGUUUUAUCAGUGUUA